UUCCUCAUAACCUGCAAGCACACUCUCUUUUGAUUUUCUCUCUCUCUCUCUCUCUCUACAAUUUCUCGAUCCGUGAAAGCGUUUGUUUUUUUAGGGUUUUCAUAAUAUCCUUUUGGAUUGACACUCUCUCUGUACAUUCGAUCCAAAAACUCAGUCAUUCGCCGAGAUGAAGCUCACUGUAAAGACUUUGAAAGGCAGUCAUUUUGAAAUUAGGGUUCAGCCCUCCGACACCAUUAUGGCAGUUAAGAAAAACAUUGAAGAUGUGGAAGGAAAAGAUAAUUAUCCAUGUGGACAACAAUUAUUGAUUCACAAUGGGAAGGUUUUGAAAGAUGAAAGUACUCUGGCAGAGAACAAGGUCACUGAAGAUGGUUUUCUUGUUGUCAUGCUUAGCAAGAGUAAAACUUUGGGCUCAAGUAGUGUCUCAUCCGCCCAGCCUUCAUCUACAACAGCACCAACUUCUAAUCCUACUCCGGCGCCUGAAGCUCCUAUACAAGCUCCUGUACAAGCUCCGGCCCCAAAGAACAUUACAUCUACUUCAGAUGUGGCAACAGCUAGGGCACCUUCUGAUACGUAUGGUCAAGCUGCUUCCAAUUUAGUGGCUGGUAAUAAUCUUGAGCAGACUAUUCAACAAAUUAUGGAUAUAGGUGGUGGCAACUGGGAAAAGGAAACCGUUAUCCGUGCACUUAGAGCUGCUUACAACAAUCCAGAGCGGGCUGUGGAUUACUUAUAUACUGGUAUUCCAGAGGCAGCAGAAGUUGCAGUGCCAGUGGCUAGUGGGGCUAACACCAUGGCUGGAACAGGUGCAGCACCUACCGCCCCUGUCUCUGGAGUGCCUAAUUCAUCUCCCUUGAAUCUGUUUCCUCAGGAAACACUUUCUGGUGCUGCUGCUGGUGGGCUUGGAUCCCUCGAUUUCCUUAGGAAUAACCAACAGUUCCAAGCAUUGCGGUCAAUGGUGCAAGGAAACCCACAAAUUUUACAGCCCAUGCUUCAGGAGCUAGGAAAGCAGAACCCUCAACUUUUAAGACUAAUUCAAGAGCACCAGGCGGAGUUUCUUCAGUUGAUAAAUGAGCCUCUUGAAGGUUCUGAAGGGGAUUUAUUUGAUCAGCCAGAGCAGGACAUGCCUCAUGCUGUUAGUGUCACUCCAGAGGAGCAGGAGGCAAUUGAACGACUUGAGGCAAUGGGAUUUGAUAGAGCCCUUGUCAUUGAGGCAUUUUUAGCCUGUGACCGCAAUGAGGAAUUGGCAGUCAACUACCUUUUAGAGAAUGCUGGAGAUUAUGAAGAUUGAAUGGCAAUUUCAGCUGGAGUUCUGAGUUCUUGCCGCACAAGGUCCACAGAAGUUCAAUGGCACUUGGUCAUCUCGUAUGGUUUUUUGUGCACAGAUCUGGAUGGUGAUUAAAUUAGUUCCCCCCAUGUUUGUCCAAGAGCGUGAUAGUUUUCCAAAUCUCCAAGAAAGGUUGGGAUUGUGCGGUGCAAUUGAUUUGGUGACAAUUCUUUGCUGUUUUCCCAUCUAAUGUGUCCAAUGUUCUAUAUUUUAUUUCCAUUGCCUGAACUUGCAUAGCAUGCUUCUAUGUUAUUUUUCAACUCAAUUCUAUCUGACUUCCAUAUUAAUCAUUUUAUUUUUGUUCC